CUUGCACACACACACUUCCUCCAGCUCCGUGUGAGCCACAGCGCACGCCGAGCAACAUGCGCCGCAGGUGAGCGGUGUCUUGCGUGGCGUGUCGCGCGUUUUCCGUGUUCGGGCGGCGAACGUUUGUGAAACGCUGCCUUGUGUCAAGCGAAUGCUGAGUAACGCCGUCGGCACCUUGGGGUGGAGAAGCUCGAUGGUGCCCUUGAGGAGUCCAGGUCAGACUCAGGUUUCCUCCUCCACGCUGCUGUGUGUCUAACCGGUUCUGAGACGGCAGUGCCACCCCACCGCCCUCCCCGCCACCAUGAGCUCCAAAGCUCGGUUCCCCCCGCGGGGCGACAACGAAGCCGAAGCCAACAAGCUCUUCCGAGACCUGGAGGUCGGCACCGUCCUCACGCUCUUCUACUCGAAGAAGUCUCAGCGGCCGGAGAGGAGGACCUUUCAGGUGAAGCUGGAGACCAGGCAGGUCAUCUGGACCAGAGGAACGGACAAAGUCGAAGGGGGAAUUGAUAUCCGGGAGAUAAAGGAGAUCCGGGUUGGCCAGAGGUCCGGGGACGCUGAACGUCCUUGCGAAGACUCUUCACCCAGGGCCGAACAUGCUCACUGCUUCAUCAUCCUGUACGGCACCGAGUUCCGCCUCAAGGCCCUCAGUCUGGCAGCUAUGUCUGAUGAGGAGAUGUCCAUGUGGGUGAAGGGACUCGACUGGCUGGUGGAGGACACCCUUGGUUCCUCCACACCUCUGCAGGUUGAGAGGUGGCUACGGAAGCAGUUCUACGCCGUUGACCGCAACCGAGAGGAGAAGAUUUCCUGCAAAGACCUGAAGAACAUGCUGAGUCAGGUCAACUACAAGGUGCCCAGCAUGAGGUUCCUUCGUGACAAGUGUCCGGAUGUGGGCCUCAAGAAUGGAGGCGUCACCUACUGCCAGUUUGAGCAACUUUACCGCACGCUGAUGUUUGAUGCACAGAAACUGAUGGAUGUUCCUUUCCUGCAAAGUACUGCAGAGCAGCCGGAUGAGCUCAAAGUCACUCUGGAGGACUUCCAGUAUUUCCUUCAGCACCAUCAGAAGGAGCAGUGGGCAGAUGACAUUGCGAAGGUGCACAGCUUUAUGCUCAGCUACCUGCAGGAACCCCUGAGAGAGGUGGAACGACCUUUCUUCUACCAAGAUGAGUUCCUGACAUUCUUGUUCUCCGAGGAGAACUCCAUCUGGGACUCCAGACUGGAUCAGGUUUGCCCGGAGGACAUGAACAACCCCCUGUCCCACUACUGGAUCUCUUCCUCCCAUAAUACCUACCUGACAGGCGACCAGUUUUCCAGCGAGUCGUCUUUGGAGGCGUACGCCCGUUGUCUGAGAAUGGGCUGCCGCUGCGUCGAGUUGGAUUGCUGGGAUGGGCCAGACGGGUUGCCAGUCAUCUACCAUGGUCACACACUUACCACGAAGAUCAAGUUCUGCGAUGUCCUGCAUACGAUCAAAGAGCAUGCCUUCAUCACAUCUGAAUAUCCCGUUAUUCUGUCCAUCGAGGACCACUGCAGUGUCAUCCAGCAGAGAAACAUGGCCACGCUCUUCAAGCAGGUCUUUGGGGACAUGCUGCUGACCAAAGCAGUGGAUGUGUCAGCAGACGGUCUCCCAUCACCAAACCAGCUCCGGAGGAAGAUCCUCAUCAAGCACAAGAAACUUGCAGAGGGCAGUGCCUAUGAAGAAGUGUCUACAUCAGCUACUUACUCUGAGACCGACAUCAGAAGCUCAGUUAAAAAUGGCAUGCUCUACCUGGAAGACCCCAUCAAUCAUGAGUGGUACCCCCAUUUCUUUGUUCUGACGAACAGCAAGAUUUACUACAGUGAGGAGACCUCAAGUAACCAGGCCAACGAAGAUGAGGAUGACCAAAGGGAGGGAUCCAGCGGCAUGGAGCAACAUGUGACAGAGAAGUGGUUCCAUGGGAAGCUGGGGGCAGGUCGGGAUGGGAGGCAGGUUGCAGAGAGGCUGGUGUCCGAGUACUGCCUGGAGACAGGUGCCCCUGAUGGAUCCUUCCUGGUGCGCGAGAGUGAGACCUUCGUGGGAGACUACAGCAUGUCCUUCUGGCGGUCUGGAAAAGUCCAGCAUUGUCGCAUCCACUCGCGCCAGGAAGCUGGCGGUGUCAAGUUCUACCUGACGGGGAACCUGAUGUUCAACAGCCUGUUUGCGCUCAUCGCUCACUACCAGCAGGUGCCGCUGCGCUGCAAUGAGUUUGAGAUGCGAUUGACGGAGCCCAUUCCCCAGACAAAUGCCCACAAGGGCAAGGCGUGGUACCACGCCAACCUGUCGAGGAGCGAGGCAGAGAACAUGCUGAUGAGGGUGCCUCGAGAUGGGGCCUUCCUUGUGAGGGCGCGGACGGAGCCCAACUCUUUCGCCAUCUCCUUCAGGGCGGAGGGCAAGAUCAAGCACUGCCGUCUCCAGCAGGAGCGUCAGAUGGUGGUCUUGGGUACAUCAGAGUUCGACAGCCUGGUGGAGCUGGUCAGUUACUACGAGAAGCACCCGCUCUACCGCAAGAUGACGCUGCGCUACCCCAUCAACGAGGAAACCCUGGAGAAGAUUGGCACGGCAGAGCCAGAUUACGGGUCUUUGUAUGAGGGACGUAAUCCAGGAUUUUAUGUGGAAGCCAAUCAGAUGCCGACAUUUAAGUGCACUGUGAAAGCGCUGUACGAGUACAAGGCCAAGCAGGACGAUGAGCUCUCGUUCUCUGUGAACACCCUCAUUUAUAACGUGGAGAAAUCGGAGGUGGGCUGGUGGAGGGGGGACUGCGGAGGGAAGAAGCAGCUCUGGUUCCCAGCCAACUACGUGGAGGAAGUCGGCCUCACGGCGGCGGAACCAGAGCUUCUUCCUGAGAACAGCCCGCUGGGAAACCUGCUGAGAGGAAGUGUGGAUGUGUCUUCCUGUAACAUCGUGGUGCGGCCAGAAGGGAAGGGCACCAGGGCGUACGUCUUCUCCUUGGUCUCCACGACGAUGCCGCGGGCCGGCCAGAUUCUGGAAAUUGCUGCAGACACCCAGGAGGACCUCGAUGACUGGAUAUUGAAGAUCCGCGAGGUCGCCAUGACAACGGAAGCCAAGCUUGAAGAAGGCAAGAUGAUGGAGAGGAGGAAGAAGAUUGCCCUGGAGCUGUCGGACCUUGUCGUCUACUGCCGCCCAGUGCCCUUCGACGAAGACAAGAUCGGGACAGAAAGGGCCUCCUGCCGUGACAUGUCCUCCUUCCCUGAGACCAAGGCCGAGAAGUAUGUGAACAAGGCGAAAGGGAAGAAGUUCCUGCAGUACAACCGGCGCCAGCUCUCCCGCGUCUACCCAAAGGGCCAGCGCCUUGACUCCUCCAACUACGACCCGCUGCCCAUGUGGCUGUGCGGCAGCCAGCUGGUUGCCCUCAACUUCCAGACCCCGGACAAACCCAUGCAGAUGAACCAGUCCCUCUUCGUGCCGAAUGGAGGCUCCGGAUACGUGCUGCAGCCGGGCAUCAUGAGAGAGGAGACCUUCGACCCCUUCGACCGCUUCUCCCUGCGGGGGGUGGAGCCCAUUACCCUGCAUAUAGAGGUGCUGGGAGCCCGGCACCUUCCCAAGCCCAGUCGCGGCAUCGUGUGCCCUCUGGUCGAGAUCGAGGUGUGUGGUGCAGAGUACGACAGCGCCAAGCAGAAGACUGACUCCGUUGUUGACAACGGUUUGAACCCCACCUGGGCCAGCAAGUUAUUCCGCUUCACUGUCUGCAACACAGAGUUCGCCUUCCUGCGCUUUGUCGUGUACGAUAUCGACAUAUUCAACGACCAGAACUUCCUUGCCCAAGCCACCUUUCCCAUCACUGGCCUCAAAACCGGAUACAGGUCAGUCCCCCUGAAGAACAGCUACAGCGAAGAUCUGGAACUUGCUUCCCUCCUCAUCCACACAGACAUUCUGAGCGGCCGGCACGAGAACGGCGAUAUGUCCAGCUCGUACCUAGGGCCUCCGACCUGCCCCGCCCCCUGCCCCACCUCCCCGCUGUCCAGAGCACCGGGACAGCUAUCUAGCUACCGCAGGGCAGAGGGCACCCUGGAGACCCGCUACCGAGCAUCCGUGGAUGACCUCCGCUUCUUCCAGGAGACCCCGGCGGAGCACGUGGACCUCCAGGGCAGAAGGCCUGUGCGCAGGACGAGGGUCGGAGCCGAGAACAGAGUCUGAGGACCGUCUCAGGUGCAUCGUGUUCCAGACGCCGUCGCCGUCUGCGCCGAGAGCCAGUUUCUAUGGAAACGUCAGCGCCCCGGCCCACGUUGCUCGGUCUCCGCGGAAACGGGGCUCGGGCAACCGUCGCGAGUGCAGAGGUUGCCGAAUUUGGGGAAGGGAAGAGAAGCGAGCCGAACCCCUGUCCCCGCAUUGUUCCGCAGGGGGCCCAAACCCCCCCGCCCCCCCGAUUCUGCUCCUUUUUUGUCGUCUUUUGUUUAUUUCGGUUCUGUUUCGCUGUUGUCUUUGAAUUCACUUCAUCCUUGUUUUUGAUAUUCAUAUUUAUUCGUGGCGCUUCGCAAUCCAGCGAGCGCAAACAUCUCCGGUUCGACGCCCUUCCUCCUCGUUUUCAAAUUUCUGUUUUGAUCAUUGACAAUGAGAUUGUUUAAAAUUAUUUGUGCCGUCUGUUUGUGUUGGGUGUAUUUGGGUGCGUUUAUGUUUUUGGCAGCUGCUGCAUGGGAGUGACGCCACACUGGGACCAGUCUGGGCGCGUGGGGUGGGGCUGGAUAAAGCUAAAUUCAACUAGGUUUUAAAAAGAAAAAGUUUGUCUUCGAGAAGCAGCCUGAAACAUCCUGAGAUUUUCGUGGCCGUUUUAACCAACCCGCGUCGCCCAAACGGUCGGCCCAUCGGUGCUCCUUGCAGGUUUGAGAAGCUCCUGAAACUGUUGUAGGCUGAAGAACUUGCUGAGAAGGAUCGUUUGGUCUUCGAACACUGAGAAUGAUCUCCACGAGUAAUCCAAAGGCAAACCUGAAGAAAGCCUCACCUGGAAGAACACCUCAGCCAAGAUGCCCCUUCCUUGUCUUCCUUCCCCUCCUUGGUGUGUGUGGCAGGGCACUAACUUCCGCUAUGGACAUAGAGCGUAGGCCAGGGUCUCGUACCUCUGCACCCGAGGAGCAGAAGCAUCCCACUGACCGCGGUACUAUCGGAGAUGGUGUAAAUUUACCACGUGUGUGAUGGGGCCACCUCGCACCUGGAAACUCACCAGUGUUCCCGUCUAUUUUUGCUCGCGGUUGAGCUUCACGGUCCAUCCCUCAACCGAUGAUGCAAUCUCAGCUUGACCCGACAUGACCCCAUAGGCUCCAACUCCCACCAGCAGGUGUCGCUGUAAACCACUGUUGAUUGGGGUCAGGAGGCAGACCACGUAUCCCAUGAGGGAAAGC